AUGGAGUGUAUUACGAUGACGGUGGUGGUGAUGACCAUGGCGGUGGUGGUUUGUAGGGGAGGUAGUGGUGGAGGAGGUGGGGAUGGUGGUGGCGGUGGGAGUAUGGGUACGGGUGGUGGUGGUGGUGGAGGUGGUGGCAAUGUCAGUGAUGGUGAUGGUGCUUGUGGUAGUGGUGGUGAUGGUGGGGGUAAUGGUAGGGCUGGUGUAGGGGCGGCGGUAGGUGGUGGUGGAGGUGGCAGUGCUGGUGAUGGGGGUGACAGCGAUGGCAGUGGUGAUGGUGGCAACCACGAUGAUUGUUGUGGUGGUGGCAACGGCGGCGGCUAUGGUGAUACUCAUGAUAAGAUGGUGGUAGUAGAAGUGGUGAAAUCAUAUCUUGAGAAUAAAAAUAACAUAUCUAUCAAAAUCUCUUGUUGGGGGGGGGAGAAAAGAUUUGUUAUGGCCUAA